UGUUUCAGUACAACUUUGGAUUGGUACUAUGGUGGGUUGUGUGAUGUGUUGUUUGUUAUUGUUUUGGCGGAGCACGUGCGUGGUUACAAAUAUAAGAGAUGUACGAUUUAAUUAAAACGAUUGGCGAUGAUGAAGAGAUACCGGAUUUUUCGGAAAAUUCUGAUGAAGAGGAAGAGUUUCAACCAAGCAAACAAAAGAAGAAGAAAAAGAUUGAUUUUGACACAGAUUUCUCAUUCACAGUGAAUGAGGUUAACACUGAAGAAGAUAAAUGGGAUGAUAUCUCUAAGUACAUUAAGCGGAAAGCAAAAAGUAAGGUUGACGAUAAAAUUCAGCAGAUUCGAAAACAGAAAAAAAAAGAGACAGAUGCUGAAAUAAAGCAGGAAGACAAAGAAGAAGACAAUGAAGAAAAUUCAGAUUCUGAUUCCGACACUGAUUCUGAUGUUUCCUUGUCUGAUAGUGAUCUGAAGAAAGAUGACAUAAAAGUUAAAGAAAAAAAAUUGAAAGGAAAGAAGAAGAUGAAACAGGAGCCAGAUAUCGAAGUUGAUGAGGAAGCAGAGAAAGAGUUCUUUGAAGAUGCCCCACCCUUUGAAGAGAAUGCUUCGUUCUACCAAAUGAACCUUUCACGCCCACUUUUAAAGGCAAUAGCAGCACUGAAAUUUGUACACCCAACACCAAUACAGGCAGCAACCAUUCCUAUUGCACUAAUGGGGCGUGAUAUAUGUGGUUGUGCAGCAACUGGAACAGGGAAGACUGCUGCAUAUAUGUUGCCAACUCUGGAGAGGUUGCUUUACAGACCUUUAGGAGCAACCACAGUAACAAGAGUCCUUGUUCUUGUACCAACAAGAGAACUUGGUGUGCAGGUAUAUCAAGUAACGAAGCAGCUGGCACAGUUCACUACAGUAGAUGUUGGAUUAUCUGUUGGUGGUCUUGACUUGAAAAUACAGGAGAAUGUUUUGAGAAAAAAUCCAGAUAUUGUAAUUGCUACCCCUGGACGUCUUAUUGAUCAUUUGAAGAAUACACCAUCAUUUAGCUUGGACAGUAUUGAAGUCUUGAUUCUUGAUGAAGCAGAUCGAAUGCUGGAUGAAAAUUUUGCAGAACAGAUGAAGGAGAUAAUACAGCAGUGUGCUAGGACAAGACAAACGUUGCUGUUCUCUGCUACAAUGACAGAGGAAGUCAAAGAUCUGGCUGCUGUCUCUCUUAACAAGCCAGUUAAGAUAUUUGUUGAUAGUAAUCAAAAUGUAGCUUUUAAUCUACGCCAAGAAUUUGUAAGGAUAAGAAAAGAACGGGAAGGAGAUCGUGAAGCGAUUUUGGCAGCUCUUGUGUGUCGUACCUUCAGAGACCAUGUCAUAGUAUUUGUUCAGACAAAAAAGCAAGCACACCGUCUGCACAUUCUUCUUGGUCUUUUGGGUAUUAAGGUUGGAGAACUGCAUGGAAAUCUGACACAGCCUCAGCGUUUGGAAGCUCUGAAGCGUUUCAAGAAUGAAGAGCUGGACGUUCUUGUGGCAACUGAUGUUGCAGCUCGAGGUCUAGACAUUCGAGGAGUAAAAACUGUGAUAAAUUUUCUGAUGCCUGCAACAGUGGAACAUUAUAUUCAUAGAGUGGGCCGUACUGCACGUGCGGGCCGUGCAGGAGUGUCUGUUUCAUUAGCUGGUGAAGCAGAAUACAAAGUAGUCAAAGAAGUUGUCAAGAAUGCUUGUACUCCCCCCAAAAAUAGAAUUAUUCCUCCAGACAUAAUCAGCAAGUAUUGUGAGCGUGUUAAUGCUCUUGAGGAUGACAUUCAAAAAAUUCUACAAGAAGAAAGAGAAGAACGGGAACUUCAAAAAACUGAGAAUCAGGUAAACAGAGCCGAGAAGCUCUUAAAAGAAGGAAAAGGAGAUAAAUCUCAGCGUUCAUGGUUUCAAACUGAAAAGGACCGCCAACUAGAGAAAGAGAGGCUGAGACUGACUGAUCCAAAAGGAGGAAAGAAAAAGCGAGGAACCAAACGAAAAGCAGAUGAUAGUGAUGAUGAACGUGAGAUUAAUGCUAAUAAUGAGGCUGAAAAAAAAGCAAAGAAGGGUAAACGGAAAGAAACUCCUGAAGACAGAGUUCAGGCAGAGAUGAGUAAGAUUGCGGCACUGCAAGCUCGUUUAGCAAAGAAGAAAAGCCGCCCACGAAAGCUAAGAACUCUGGUUGACACACCAAGCCAGCCCAUUGGUUUCUCAAAACGUAAAAAAUCAUCAUUUGCUGAAGACCUGACAGAUGUCAGCAGGAAAGGAGCCAAACGAUUACGUUACGAAGCUAACUUCCAGAAGAAAAUGGACAAACUGAAUAAAAAGAAACCUGGCAAAGUAUUUGGUCAGAUGAAACAAAAGAAAAGCGGCACAAAACCAGGACUGGGAGCAAAGAAUAGCAAAACAGGAAUGUUUGGAAAAAAUAAAAAGAAGAAAAAUAUGAACAGAUGACAUGUGUUCAGCUAUUCUAGAAAGUGAACAUGAACAUUGUUAAGAUAUGUUGUGACAAAACUUCUCAGUUGUAUCAACUGCAAAAGAAAAAGAAUGUUACAAUUAUUACAAAGACCUGUACACAAUACAUAUACUUUUUUCCCUUUCAA